UUUCUAACAAGUUGAAUUCCGCUUCCACUACUGAAUAUACCGACCAAGAGAUAGACAAGGUCUUGGAAACAUAUGUGAAUAAAAAAAAGCAUUCAGCAUUCAAAUCAAUUCGCAAAUUUGAAAAAGAAAAGAACGAAAAAUUUUUAGAAUUUUUAGAAUUGUUAAAAGAAAGGAACGAAAAAUUUUUACAAUUGUUAAAAGAAAAGAACGAAAAAUGUUUAGAAUUGUUAAAAGAAAAUAAAGGAAUUUCAGGUGAUAACGCUGGGAGGCAUAAAACUUGUGUGGGACUGAAGGAAACAGAAGAGCCAGAUGAAAUAGUAAAUUUUUAUAAACAACUUUUUGAACAAAUCCAUAGCACCUAUAAUAUUGGAGACCAAGUAGAAUGGUAUCAUAAAAGGUUUACACCCGUACAAAAUAAUAUUGCUGAAUAUAUGUGUAAAGGAUUAAAAGUGAAUUAUAUAAUUUAUGACAACGAAAUUAAAAAUAUUAAAAAUAUUGAUAUUGAAAAACUGCUGUUCAAAAAAGAUGAAUUGAAAUAA